AGUCCUCCAAACCAUGUGAUCCCGCGGCCAGAGGAGAUCUACAUCUACAGUCCACUGGGGACGGCCUUUAAGGUGACAGGCAGUGACCAUUCCUCCAGAAACCCCAGCAUCAUCACUAUAUUUGCUAUCUGGAACACGAUGAUGGGCACUUCUAUCCUCAGCAUACCCUGGGGUAUAAAGCAGGCUGGUUUCACCCUGGGGAUCUUCAUCCUCGUCUUCACAGGCCUGCUGAUGCUCUACUGCUGUUACAUCGUCCUCAAAUCACCAAAGGCAAUAC